AUGCAUCCUAAAGUGUAUGAGGCUGCAAAGUCAGGAGACUGUGAAAACCUGAUGACAAUAAUUUUAGGGAAUGGAGAAGACCUUUUCCACCAAACAACACCGAAGCAUAACAACAUUCUCCAUGUUGCGGCUCAAUACCAGCAAGUAAAUUUCAUCAAAGAUCUUCUUCAAUGUCCAUCAGGACCACCCCUUCUUUGGCAGGGUAACUACAAAGGAGACACUCCCUUGCAUAUUGCUGCUAAAGUGGGAAGCUGCAAAGUGAUUCGAGUCUUCACUGAUUUGGCGAAAUCAAUGCAUUGGGUUGUUCAAAAUGGACAAGUUGACUUGUGCAAAGAGCUACUUCGAAAGCCAAAUUCGAAUGAGGGUACCGCGCUACACUAUGCAGCAAGAGGAGGCCACGUUGGGGUUGUGAAGUUGCUAAUUGAAGAGGAUUCUCAAUUAUGUGAUAUUACUAAUGCUGCUGACGAGUCCCCGCUUUAUCUUGCAGCAAAUCGAGGGCUUUCUCAUGCCAUUGAAAUAAUUUUAGGAGCUUCCUCAUUGUCAUCCUCUCGUAAGGGCCCUAAGGGAUUGACAGCUUUGCAUGCGGCAAUUUUUCACCUACCAACCGGUUGGUGGAAAAUCUUGGAGAAGACACCAGAAGUGAUCAAAGAAGGAGAUGAUUUAGGGCGGACUCCUCUUCAUUAUGUCGCUUGCUUUGGCGAAGUCAAAGCAGUUCGAUUACUCUUGCACCAUGAUACUUCUGUGGCAUAUGACUUAGACAAAGGGGGGGAAUCUGCUCUUCACAUUGCAGCAUUUCAAGGCCACAUCAAUGUCAUUGAUGAGCUUAUUAGAUCUUGUCCUGAUGCUUGUGACAUAAUAAACACCGAGGGGCAAACAGCUCUUCAUGCAGCCAUAAUGGGUGGCCAAGUAAAUGUAGUCAAGUACAUACUAAAAAUGCCAAACUUGGAGGAUCUUAUCAACGAACAAGACAUCAAUGGAAACACGGCUCUGCAUUUGGCUGCGCUAAAAAAAAAAUACAACAUCAUAUACAUACUUGCACAGGAUAAGAGGGUAGACCGUUUGGCCACAAAUAAGGAUCAUUUGACGGCUCUUGACAUUUUUGCUGCUCACGACGAGGUCGGCUACAGAGCUGUAAAAGUUCUUCAUGUGUUGAAAGGAUCUUAUGGAAUCCAGCAUUUUCAAGACUGGGUCACUGAAUAUGUUAAGAAAAGGUUAGACAAGCAAUUUGUUGAGGGCCAACCAGUUGCCUCGACAACCAUGGGAAUUAAUACAGGCAACCGAGAAAAUUUUGAUUCGUCAAAAAGAAGCAUUAUCGACCUUCAGCAACUAGUGGCAGUGCUCAUAGCCACAGUGACCUUUGCUGCGGCCUUCACGAUGCCUGGGGGUUAUUUCAACGAUGGACCCGACCAAGGAAUGCCAAUUCUUGCGGACAGGCCAGCUUUCAAAGCCUUCGUGAUAUUUAACACAACUGCAUUCUGUUUCUCCAUCCUGGCAUUAUUUUUACUAUAUGAUCCUUGUUUCUGGGGCGCUCGCCAACAGGCGAGAUACGCCGCCGCCGCAGGAUGUUACCUUUACUUUGCGAUAUGCGGGUUGGUGCUGGCCUUUGCUUGUGGUACGUAUGUUGUACUGACCAGAACCAACGGGCUCGGGAUUGUUCUUUUUGUUGUGUUUGGAUGUCUCCUGACUAUGCACCGCAUCGGCGUUUUCCUUGACCCCGAGGCUGGUUUCUGGAAAGCUGCUAGCAAGUUGGGCCGUGUGCACGGAAUAUUUACGUUUUUGCAUUGUCAGCCUUCGAGUUCGAGCACUUUUAUGUCAGCUGUCAGGUUUGAAACCCCUCAAAGUGGACCUGUUAGGUUGGGAAUCGGCCAAAUAGCCAUGCAAAAGAUGACUAGAGCAGCAAAGGCCAACAAGUCGAGACUUUUCGUGUAUGUGAAGGAUGCACAAGUCGAUUAA